UCGCCUCCUGGUUCGCACGUUGUGUGCUUUCGCGCAAUUUGGAAUCGUUGCAACAAGUACGGCGAACAGUAACGGACGCGCUUGUUCCCGCAGUUCGCUUUGGCGAGGUCGGCGAAAUUUCUGCGAGGAGUCGCGCGCCCUGUCGCUCGACACGCGUUUAUUCGCGCACACGCGCCAAUUCCUGUCGAUUUUGUCGUUUCGCGAAAAAUCGACGCUAAUCGAACAAUCGUCCGAGUGACCGUUUCUCUCUCACGUAAAAAGCCGCGCGAAUCCGUCCGAGACGCUUCGAUAAAAAAAAAUUCAGGAUAAAGAAAUGCAUCGAGGAAGGUAACGUUCAGAAAGCAGGACUAUGGCGAACAGAAGGGAAAAGCCUACGGGUUUUUUGGACACAUGGUUCGGUCGGCCGAAGAAAUCCGGCCGGGGAAAUGGCACGCGCGGCUACGCGGGCAGCAACACCAUGCCCAGGCCGCACUCCGGCGACGACAUCAACGAGAUCGAGCAACAACGUUGCAUCAUCGAGAGGAUGGAUGAGGAGACGGUGAACGACAGGUUCGAGGAAAUGCUGGCCAAUAUGAAUCUAACGGAGGAGAAGAAGGAACCUUUGCGGCAACAGUCGGACACGAAGAAGAAGGAGAUGUUGGUUCUCCAUUACAAGGGCACCGUGCAAGAGAACCGAUCGAAAUUCGACAAGCCGGCGGACUACAUACAUUAUCUUGCGCAGCCCGAUCUGAGCGUCAACAAGAUCUACACUUGCGUCGAGUCUCUUAGAAUCGCGCUCACUAACAAUCCGCUGAGUUGGGUACAGGAGUUCGGCACGAAGGGUCUCAAGCAGGUCCUCGCUACUCUCAACGAAUGUUACCGAAAUGCCUUCAUAUAUUAUGAUAGUGAUAACCGUUACGAGCGAAUACAGUACGAGUGCAUUCGCUGCUUAAAGGCUAUCAUGAACAAUACCGUCGGUAUAAAGGAGAUGUUGGCUCAUCAGGAAGCACUUACAAUAGUGGCCAGAUCGUUGGAACCGACGAAACCGUCCGUAAUGUCCGAAGCUGUGAAGCUACUCGGCGCGGUAUGUCUCAUAUCGAGCGAUAGUCACAAAAAGGUUUUGGACGCGAUCACUAUGAACGGCGAGUUCAAAGGUCGCGAAAGAUUUCUGCCGAUCGUGCAAGGACUGAUGACCAAGCAGAGUGAAAAUUUAAGGGUAGUGUGCCUUCAACUCAUAAACUCGAUAAUCUCGUCCGCCGAGGAUCUAGAUUUUCGCUUACAUCUGAGAAAUGAGGUAAUGCGAGUCGGUCUUGCUGACAUCCUCGAAAUGUUAGAGAAAGACGAAUCGGAAGACUUGGCAACGCAUUUGAAGAUCUUCAAUGAUCACAAGGAGGAAGAUUACGAAGAAUUUGUACAAAGAUUUGACAACGUGCGCUUAGAAUUGGACGACGUUAACGACUGCUUCGAAGUUGUAAAGAACAUGGUGAUGGAUACUACCGCCGAGCCGUAUUUCCUAUCUAUACUUCAGCAUCUUUUAUUUAUUCGAGAUGAUGCUCUGGUUCGACCGGCGUAUUACAAAUUAAUCGAGGAAUGUAUAUCGCAAAUCGUAUUGCAUCGUUCAGGCUGUGAUCCGGAUUUCAGCGCGACGAAGCGCUUUCACAUUGACGUGCAACCGUUGAUCGAUACCCUAGUCGAAAAGUCACGGGCUGAGGAGGAACGUCGGUUGGUAGAGGUGACGCAGAAAUUGGAGGAGGCUAUAGCCAGCAGACAAGAGGCCGAAGCGAAGCUACAACACGCGGAAAACAAAAUCAAGGAAUUGGAACAAGGAACGGGAACGAAGCCCGUUGGCCAGAGAACCGGUGUUUGUCCACCUCCGCCACCUAUGCCCGGAAUGGCCGGACUACCUCCACCACCACCACCUCCCCCACUUCCGGGUGGUCCACCUCCGCCACCGAUGCCAGGAAUGACAUGUCCACCUCCGCCACCUAUGCCCGGUUUGAAAGGUCCCCCGCCUCCCCCAAUGCCUGGAAUGGGACCUCCACCACCACCCAUGUUGGGAAUGGGUCCUCCGCCACCGCCGAUGGGAGGACUGUCUCCACCGCCUCCGGCGUUACAGGUUUUACCUCAUGGUCUGAAACCGAAGAAGAAGUGGGAAGUGGACGGCCCAUUGAAAAGAGCAAACUGGAAAGCGAUUUUACCUCACAAAUUAACAGAAAAAUCAUUCUGGACAAAAGUACAAGAAGAUAGAUUGGCAAGUCCGGAAAUAUUGGACGGUCUUGUGCAAAAGUUCGCAUCCAAACCGAGUGGUAAAAAACUGGAUGACGUAGUUGAUAAGUCAGCUCCGAUGAAAAAGGUGAAAGAUCUCAAGGUUUUGGACGGUAAAGCUGCUCAAAAUAUAUCGAUACUUCUCGGCGGAACGCUGAAGCACAUGCCGUACGUGGAAGUGAAGAAAUGCUUAUUCAGAUGCGAGGGACCAGUUAUUUCGGACAACAUAUUACAAGGAUUAAUUCAGUAUUUGCCACCGCCGGAUCAGUUAUCGAAGUUGCAAAUGUACAAAGAUCAGUACGACGAUCUGACUGAGGCAGAACAAUUUUGCGUUACGAUAUCUACGAUAAAGAGGUUACUGCCGAGAUUACGAUCAUUGAGCUUUAUGUUGAAAUACGAGGAGCUGAUACAGGAUGUGAAACCGGACAUCGUGGCGGCUACGGCGGCAUGCGAAGAAGUGAAAAGCAGCAAGAAGUUCGCGCGUAUUCUCGAAUUGAUAUUGCUACUUGGAAAUUACAUGAAUUCAGGUUCUAGAAAUGGCCAAGCGUUUGGAUUUGAAAUUAGUUUUCUAACGAAGUUGACCAGCACGAAAGAUGUCGAUAACAAGCAAACCCUCAUGCAUUACUUGGUGACCACGAUAGAAAGAAAGUUUCCGGAAUGUCUCAAUUUCAUUGAGGAACUAUCGCAUGUAGAUCGCGCUAGUCGAGUGUCUUUGGAGAACGUUCAGCGAACGUUACGCCAAAUGGAAACCAAUAUCCGUAAUCUCGAGCAAGAUCUUUCAAAUGCCAAAGUUCCGCAAUGCGAUGACGAUCUAUUUAUAGAUGUUAUGAAGCCAUUUGCCAAAAAGGCUAGAGAUUCGUACGAAGUUCUGCAGAACAUGUUCAAGAAUAUGGACGGCUUAUACACGGACAUUUCCGAAUUCUUUUCUUUCGACAAGCAGAAGUACACUAUUGAGGAAUUCUUUGGUGACAUCAAGACGUUCAAGGACGAUUUCUUGCAAGCACAAAAGGAGAUGAUUAAGCUGAAGGAGGGCGAGGAGAAGCAGAGACGGGCGAGAGAAGCGCGCGAGAAGGCAGAAGCGGAGAAGGCGGCGCGAGCUGCGCGCAAACGUGCACUAGUCGACAUGAACGCGCACGAGACGCAGGAAGGCGUUAUGGACAGUCUGAUGGAGGCGCUGCAGACUGGAGCAGCCUUCAGCCGACCGGACCAACGACGCAAGCGACCGACACGCGUAGCUGGUGCUGAGAGGAGAGCGCAACUAAACAGGAGUCGAUCGCGCACUGGAUUGGUGGGGUCUGGUUUACUAGGGAGAGAACUUUCAACAGAGCUGUUGAGUUCGGCAUAACCCGCCGGAAUGCAUUCCGGGUUUCCGUCCUAUACUCGUUGCUGUGAUUUUACGCACUUCACUGUAUCGCUGGAACGGCAAUGAAUGAGGAAUCGUCAUCGUGCGACGUGACAGGUCGAUACUUUUUGUUUGUUUUCGAAAAAAAAUGGAAGAAAAGCAAAAGUUCCCCAACCCAUCACAUAGAGCGGAUCCUCUGUGUCGUGUUAUCGAGUGUAUCAUUCACUUGCGAUUUUUACGAUACGAACCAAGUAAAAAACAAAGUCUUCCUUUAAUGUAUGUUUGAAUACAUUCGCGGAUGUAAGUAUUGUAUUGUACAAAUAUACAAUUUUUUUUUAGUGCGUUUGCACACACACACAAUGCGCUAUAGUAAAUAAUAAUAAUCACGCCGCAAACUCUCGACGAGAAGAAUAGCGUACGAAUUUUUGAUCGCACGCUUUCUCCCGGGCAACACCGAUGAUAUAAUUUUGAAAUGAAGAAUCACAUAUAUUUAACUCAGCGCCAUUGUAAAUAACGAAUAAGGUUUAAUAAUAAAUUUAAUACCGGCGGAGUCGAAUAGGCAAUUUGUAACUACUACUAUGAAAAGCGCGACGCAUACGUAAUAUCUCACUAGCCUUUUUUUCUACUGCCGUUUCUGAUCGAGUCAAAGCGAAACGCGACUUGCAUUUCUAUUUUUAUGUAUGUUGCUGUAAAUAUAUAAUAUAUAUUUUUACCUUCGAAUAGGGAACGUACGCGCGCAGACCGAAUUUUGAAAAUCAUUGUGCGACUUUAUACAGAUGAUGCGUGAUGCAUUUUGUAAAUAUGUUGUUUAUUAAAAACUCACGGGAACAAGUAACUUGUCUUGGUUACCACAUUUAUAUAUACAGUAUACAUGUAAAAAGGCAACGCGGUCCUUUUUUUUUCUUUUUUUUUUUUUUUUCUAACAAUAUUCGCAUGCGAAGGUAAUUGUUCGCAUGACGCGAGGAGGAGGUUUGCAAAUCGGCGUUCUUAUUGCGAAAUGAAAAACAAAAAGAAAAAAAAAACGGUAAUGAUACGUUUUACCGUGAAACGGACUUCUUCGCUGAUGAUCCGACAGAAUAAUAAUCGCGAAGAUAACGUGUACAGCUCUUUAAACGUUCAACUCGUUGUUCACAAUUCUCAAUGAGAAUGGUUUUUCUUUUUUUUUUCUUUUUUUUUUUUUUUUAACGAUAUUCGAGGCACUUUGUGUGUGUUGUAAAAUAUAUUAAAGACGGACUCUCUACACGGAAUUGACACACAGAUUUUGCGAUAUAGGGGAGAACGGGGUAAACGUGACGCUCGAUCAAAAAAAGAUUUAUUAUAUAAUAUCUUUGUGUUAAAAAUAUCCGGUUUUUCAUCGAAUGUAUUCUGUGUUUUGUAGUUACUCAUACACGCAUAAUACAUUAGUUAAGAUAAAUUUUAUACGAAGUAAAAUAUUAGAUAAAAAGUAAUAUACUAUAUAUUAUUUAAAAUAUUAUUCUUGUGCAAAAUUGAGACGAUCGGUCCGAUCCGCUGAGCGUUGUGUGUGUGUGACCCCGUUCUCCCCUAUUUUUAAUAAUUACAACACCAACAUCAUCUCUCGUCUCACUUUUGUAGAUCACACGUGUAUAUUUCCAUCUUUUAUAUAUAAUAAAAUACAUCGUUAUAUUCUUGUACACACAGCUGAUUAAUGUUAAUCUAUUAUGUGCGAGCAAAAAGAACUGAAAUAUUAAUUUUAGGACGAAUAGUUUACUCGACAUGUAAUUAAUAUGCGCAAUUUGUGAUAACUAAAAUUUAGUGACAGACUCGCGCGCGACAUUUGUGUCAGAGUCGACACCUUCUCGACGACGGUGAAAAGAAACAAAAAAAAAAACCCUCAGGGAAUGCGAGAAGAGGAGAUGAUCGAAGGCGAUAAACGGCGAUGUGUGAUCAUCCGAUUAUUGUUUAGCAAUAAAUAACGUAACGCAACAUUAUGUGGAUUUUUUUUUUUUUUGGUAUCUUUUUCUCGAAAUUAAAUCAAAAAAUCAAAACGUUAAAAAUCGCACGCGAAACUCGCGAGAAACUUGGGAUUGCGAUUUUGUUGCUUCUUUUGGACGCGCUUUUGACAGGAAGCCGAUCGCCGUUUUCGGAUCUACGGAAACGGCGGUGGGACAUUCGAGCGGGCCUAAUUCGAGUUGUUGUUUUGCGUGAAAUUUGUGUAAAAAAUAACGAACAAUAAUUCAAAAACGCGACCGAGAUGAAACGCGCGUGUGUUCUCUCGCGCGGUGGAAAAUCUCCGGUAAUAUAGAUAAAGAUCGACGGGUCCGGCGCGUUUGUUUAGUUUAGCGGAGCAAAGGUAGCCGCGCUUAUGGUAGUGGGGCGGCUAUGCCAGGCACGUUCGAAAUGUCUAAGCGAAAGGCGACGUAACGAGCCGGUUCUCGGGAAGCCGCAAAAAUCGCGGAAGUGUCUCUCCUUCGCGACGUCGCAUUCUUUACGCACGACUUUCGGACGACGUUGUCGUCCUCGUCGUCGUCGUCGUCGAUAAGUUUAUCUUCGUUUUCACGUGCAUGCGCAUUUUCUUCUUUUCCUCUACAGUACAUUUAGCAUCGGCGACGAAACGCGGGCCGUUACGUGGCCAGAGACCAUAAAUGCGCACUUUUGUAUUAUAUUCCAGCACACAUGCCUUUUUUUUAUUAUACGUACCGAUAUACGUAAAAAGAGCGCACGCGCGAUGAUGAGCAUUUCUCUGAAAUAAUUACACACGUGUGCAUGUACAAGGGAAACUUUGACCGUCGUGCGUUGCGCCCAACAACAAAUUUGAAUCUCGCAAUGAAAACGAACGAUUUUGUUUUAUAUAUAUAUAUAUGUAAUAUUGUAUUUAAGAGUACUUAAGUACUACAUUGUAUGUAUAU